CCUUUCACACUUCUCUACUGCCCAGUACCCACGACUCGUUCGGCUCUACUAUGAUCUCCGCUGCCCGCAUAGUCCGUAGUCCGUUACCAAGACCAGCUUACCAUCCGCCCGGUGUCAACCCAACUACCGGCCGACGCUAGUCAACACCAGUAACGGUCCCAUGGGCAGCUCCGACAAGAGACCAUGGCCCCUAAGUACCAAACGUGUGAUUCAAAACGUCAUAGCUUCAUGGUCCCUGUUCCAGUGAAGUGGGAUAUUAUGAACUAAUAGACGCCAAGCCUAAUGGCUUGUCGCGGACGAACCGACGCAAAAUGGGUACAGAAUAGCAGCACGAUAAAGAAGCUUCCCGUCCCGCUGCCGCCGCCGAAGCUUCCUUUACCGUUGCGGCUUUUCUCACUCCUUUGACGGUAUCAGUCUGAGCGGCGGCAACUCCUCCUACCUUCCCUCCAGCCAAGUCGUAGUCCUCGGGUCCCAAGCCGCAAGCAUGUCUCUCAUCAACGUCGACCUCCACGCCCUGGCGACAGGAGGCGCCGGCUACCUCGCCUCCAUCAACGCCGGCGCCACCCUACCCACCCCGGCCAUUUCCCUCCUGGCGUACCAGCCGGCCUUCGCAGACGUCCUCGGCCCCAACGCCACGGCUCGCAAGAUCGUAGAAGUAGACUGGCAGGCAUUCCACGAGGGCGGCAUCUACAACAAGAAAGACAACUCUCUGUACAUCUCCUCCAACUACAACCCCACAGACAACAUCAACAUCACCGUCCUCAACCUGAAUGACUUCUCCAUCAGAAGCACUCAGUUCGACGGCCUCACCGAAGCCAACGGCGGAAGCUCCUACUACCCGCCCGGCGCGGACCAGUCUGCCACGCCGCCCAUGCAGGUCUGGUGCGAUCAAGGCGACCUGACGAGAAAAUCCCAGCUCCUUGCCGUAGACCCCAACACCAACAAGUCGGAGCCUCUCAUCGUCGGCUUCAACGGCCGCAACUUUACCUCGCUCAAUGACGUCCGUCAACAUCCGGUAACAGGAGACCUCUGGUUCACUGAUCCCCAGUACGGCUUCUUCCAAAAAUUCAGGCCUGAAUCCGUGCUCCCCACCCACGUCUACCGCUUCGAGCCCUCCACGGGUACAGUCCAAGUCGUGGCGGACGGCUUCCAGCAGCCCAACGGCGUCGAGUUCUCUCCUGACGGAAAGACGCUGUACGUCUCCGACACGGGCGCCAUCACCACCGCCCCCAACCUGUCCGGCCCGGCCACUAUCUACGCCUUUGACAUUAUCGACAACAAAAAGCUCGCCAACAAGCGCGUGUUUGCGUACGCGGAUAACGGCUUCCCUGACGGCGUUCACGCUGAUACUGAUGGUAACGUCUGGGGCGGCUGCGGCGAUGGCAUCCACGUCUGGAACCCUGAGGGUGCCUUGCUUGGAAAGAUUCACUUGGGCGAGACGUCGAAUAACUUUGCUUUCGCCCCGGGCAAGGUCUUUGUCUUCUCCAACCAGCGUCUGUGGGUUGUUGAGAACCUCAAGGCGCUCGGGAGAGAGGUCUGCAAGGAUUUCGGUGCGGACUCGGAUCCCAGAUGCGCCAAAUAGAGCAUCGGGUACCUAUAGAGCUGUGUUUUAAAAGUUUUGAUACCAUA